CGCUGUCGGCAGUCCGGCGUGAGUGGAUUGACGAGACUACUUCCAGGUGAAAAACGGGCUCUUGAAGUUGGCCGACUUGAAGUGUUCGCCAUGGGCAAGCGCGGGAGCCGGAGCCAGAGCCAGCUGCUCAGCUCCCUGACUAAAAAGCAGAAGAAGCAUCUUCGGGAUUUCGGCGAGGAGCAUCCCUUCUAUGACAGGGUUUCCAGAAAGGAAGCAAAACCACAGACUUGCCAACUGUCAGAGAGUUCAGAUACUUCAAGUUCUGAAAGUGAAGCAGAGAGUGGACCAGAACAAGUUUCUGGUUACCACAGACUACUUGCCACAUUAAAGAAUGUUUCUAAGGAAGAGGAGGAGGAAGAGGAGGAGGAAGAGGAAGAAGACAGUGUUAUAGAUGAGACAGAAAUAAAUCUUGAAGAUGGCGAUAGUGACAUCAGUGUGGAGGAAGAGACGGCAGCAGAGUCUGACAUGCAGAAGAAUGUGGCCCUACCUGCUGACCCUGAGGGAAAAGAUGGGCAAGGGCCACCUGGCACAUCAGAGGACUCCCCAGAGGAGUUUACAGAUGCAAAACAUGAGUCGCUCUUCAGCCUAGAAACCAAUUUUCUUGAAGAGGAAAGUGGAGGCAACUGUUCUUUGAAAGCGUCACAAGAUCCAUUUGUACAACAUGUGAACAAAGAACUAAAAGAAAAAGAAAUCCAGACUGUUGCCACAAAUCCCAAAACUACCCAACAGCUAAAAUGGCCCAUUCUGGGCCAGCUUGUCUUUUCAUCCAAGAUUCAGAAGUUGGAAACCUUUAAACCCCCAAAGGACAUUGACUUAAAGUCACUUCAUCUCCAGAAACCUCUGGAAUCCACUUGGAUCAAGACCAAUAGCCAGUUCCUCUCUGGCCCCCAAAAAUCAAGCAGCCCCUUCACACCCCUCCAGAAGGAGCUCUUCUUGAUUAUGAAUUCUUACCGGGACCUGUUCUACCCAGAAAGGACCGCCCUGAAGAAUGGGGAAGAGAUCCGUCACGUGUACUGCCUGCAUGUAAUAAAUCACGUUCUCAAAGCCAAUGCUCAGGUGCUUGGCAACAACAGCAGACGCCGGAGCCAGAAACUUGGGGUGGGCGAUGACGAUGGCCUCAGAGACCAGGGGCUAACAAGGCCCAAGGUGCUAAUAGUGGUGCCAUUCCGGGAAGCUGCUUUGCGGGUGGUACAGCUCUUCAUCAGCCUUCUUGAGGGCGACAGCAAGAAGAAAAUAAUUGUAAGCAACAAAAAGAGGUUUAAUGGAGAGUAUGGCUCAGACCCUGAGGAGAGACCACCCAACCUGAAGAGGCCUGAGGAUUAUGAAGCUGUGUUUGUCGGCAACAUCGAUGACCACUUCAGGAUUGGAGUGGCAAUACUGCAGAGAAGCAUCCGACUUUAUGCCCCCUUCUACUCCUCGGACAUCCUCAUUGCCUCCCCUCUGGGCUUGAGGACCAUCAUUGGCGGAGAAGGAGAAAAGAAGAGAGAUUUUGACUUUCUGUCUUCUAUUGAGCUUCUCAUCAUUGAUCAAGCUGACAUUUACCUGAUGCAGAACUGGGAGCAUGUCCUGCAUUUGAUGAACCACAUGAACCUACUGCCCUUGGACUCACAUGGGGUGGACUUUUCUCGAGUACGCAUGUGGAGCCUCAAUAAUUGGUCCAAAUACUAUCGUCAGACACUGCUGUUUGGGGCCCUGCAGGAUGCCCAGAUCAACUCCGUGUUCAACAAGUACUGUGUCAAUGUGCAAGGCCAGGUGGCCGUGAGGAACGUCCCAAUGACAGGCUCCAUCAGUCACGUCCUGGUGCAGCUCCCACAUGUCUUCCAGAGGAUGGAAACUGAAAACCUAGCUUCGGUGAUUGAUGCCAGGUUUAACUUUUUCGUGAACAAGAUCUUGCCUCAGUAUCGUGAUGCAGUCAUGUCUCACACACUUAUCUAUGUGCCCUCCUACUUUGACUUUGUGCGUCUCCGAAAUUACUUCAAGAAGGAGGAGCUGAACUUCACUCACAUCUGUGAAUACACCCAGAAGUCUGGUGUCUCCAGGGCCAGACACUUCUUCCUUCAAGGAGAGAAGCAGUUCCUGCUCCUCACAGAGCGCUUCCAUUUCUACAAAAGGUACACAAUAAAAGGCAUCAGGAACCUGAUUUUCUAUGAACUGCCAACAUAUCCCCACUUCUACGGUGAAGUCUGUAACAUGCUGCAAGCCACCACCAGAGGAGAGGAAGCUGCCUGGACCUGCACUGUCCUCUACUCCAAGUACGAUGCCCAGAGAUUGGCUGCUGUGGUUGGGGUGGAGCGGGCUGCGCAGAUGCUGCAGUCCAAGAAGAACGUUCACCUCUUCAUUACUGGAGAAAGAUGAGAAUUGGUUGGACAGGAAGUGGUGUUUGGCGUGAUGUGUCACGCUUGAGUCUGUGUCACUUGGACCCAAUUCUGAUCACUUACACAAAGAAGGGCUGCUACACGGAAGGAGCACCAGGCAGCAUCUUAUCAGAUACUUCUUUCUUUUCAGAUCAUAUGUCCCUGAAAAGUUGAGUGUAAACCAGAUUUUGGUAAAACCUAUCUUUCAGAGGUCAGGAGAUAGCUCAUGGGACUCUGAGAAGUUGAUAGAAGGAAUCGUCUACUUGUGAAUUUUUUUGUAAGCCAUAAAUUCUUUUAUUAUGAUUUUACCUCUAAUUUAUUACACUUGGUAAAUUCUGGCAGAUUUGCC